GGCGACGCGCAGCCAAUCGUCGCUGAGCAAGAGGGCGGUGCUUAGACGGGUGGGUAGCAACAGUUGCCCCGGUGAGGACGAGGCGCCAUAGUCACGGUAGUCGUGGCGACAAGAACCCAGCAACGCGAAUCAACAACAACCUUUAAGAAAAUAAAACUCCGCGCCAAACUAAGAUCAUCCGGCGGGAAGCGACAGGGGGAUUUGGGCUUUUGUCAUCAUGGCAACUUCAGGCUACCCCUCCGAGGAGCUCCCCCCCUCUCAAUCACAAGGGGGCAACGUCACGACGGCCUCGUCGACCCAGCAGAAAGCCACUUCCACCACCACCUCGUCCCAGUUCCUCUCCGACAUCCAGAGCUCAGCGGGAUCCGCUCCUGCACAGACGGCCUCGAUCAUAAGAGUGCAGGCCACGCCCCCUGUCACUCAAAAGAAACUGGUUCUGGCCACACCCCCUCAAGGAGCCGUGACCGCAGCGCAGUAUGUGGCAGGAGAGAUACAGAGCUCCGCCUCCCAGGCAGGAAACAGCCAGAGUGCCCAGCAGUACAUAGUGGUGACCGUUAGCGAGGGCUCACUUCACUCGAAUGACUCUGAAUCGAAUUCUCCUCCCUCGGGACAGACUGGCGUUCCCACACAGGUAGUGCAACAGGUGCACACAGCACAGAGGUCUGUGGUUCAGGCCACAACCAAGAGUCAAAGUGGACAACUGGGGGUCAGUAAUCUACACAUAACACCUGAGGUACAGCAUGUUUACCCAAGCCAGUUUGUGGAGGGAGACGCCAACUACAACAAUACUGCAAUUCGUUCCAGUAGUUACCAGUUCACAGACCCCUCCCUCUACUCUCAGGCCACGCCCUCUGUCACUUACUAUGAGACGUCGCCCACCACCGGCUCACAGGUCACGUCCCCCGCCAGCACUCAGCCUGUGUCUGUGACGUCUGGGAUGGGCACAGGGGUGGUCUCCAUGUUCUCAGAGGGCAGUUCGGGGAUCACCGUGGUGGCUGGCGGGUCCUCGUCAGGAGUGGGCGGGUCAGGGGGUGUGGUCACCAGCGGAGGGGUGGGGAGUUAUGUGAUUCAGGGCGGGUACAUGCUUGGUGGAGCCAGUGGAGGGAACCAGAAUUUCUCACACAACACACGAGCAUCACCUGCGACUGUGCAGUGGCUGAUGGAUAACUAUGAGACAGCAGAAGGUGUGAGUCUUCCUCGCUGUACUCUUUACUGUCAUUACAUCCUGCACUGCCAGCAGACCAAGCUGGAACCUGUGAACGCCGCCUCCUUUGGCAAACUCAUCCGUUCUGUGUUCAUGGGCCUCAGGACUAGACGUCUGGGCACCAGAGGGAACUCUAAGUACCAUUACUAUGGCCUUCGAAUCAAGAGCAACUCCCCUCUCCACAGACUGGUGGAGGACCAGCAACACCUGGCCAUGAGACAACAGCCGUACUCACAGAAACAGAGGAUAAAGCCUGUGCAGAAGGUGGAGGGACUGACCAAUGGAAUGGGCCUGGGGUUGGGGCAUCAACAAGGGGCGGGGCUAUCUGACAUCAGUGCACAGGUUCACCAGUAUCAGCAGUUUUUAGAUGCGUCUCGCAGUCUGCCGGAGUUCCCUGAGCUCAAAGAUGAGGGUAUACCUCUGCCAGAUGGACUCCAUCCUCAACACGUACACACAUAUCAGCUGAUCUACAGAGAGCACUGUGAGGCGAUUCUGGACGUGAUGGUAAACCUGCAGUUCCCUCUUGUGGAGACGCUUUGGAAGACUUUUUGGAGGUUCAGUGAAGGACAAAGCAGUGACACGGAUUCACUCGACCUUCAUGAUGAAUCAGAGAAGCGUUUGCCCAAGUCGGUUCUGCUUCUGUUGUGUAAAUAUGAGCCCAUUCUCAACUGGGCCCGCCAAUGUGACAAUUUACUGUACCAAAGCCUAGUGGAGAUCCUCAUCCCUGAUGUCCUGAGACCAAUCCCCAGUGCCUUAACUCAAGCCAUCCGUAACUUUGCUAAGAUCCUGGAGAACUGGCUGACCAACGCCAUGAUCAACAUCCCGGAGGAGAUGGUCCGCAUCAAGAUUGUGUGUGCGGGAGCGUUCGCUCAGACUCUACGGCGCUACACGUCUCUCAAUCAUCUGGCUCAGGCGGCCCGCGCCGUCCUGCAGAACACGGCUCAGAUCACACAGAUGCUCAGCGACCUCAACCGUGUCGACUUCACCAAUGUGCAGGAGCAGGCCUCGUGGGUGUGUGGCUGUGAAGACGGUGUGGUCCAGCGGCUGGAGCAGGACUUUAAACUCACCCUGCAGCAGCAGAACUCUCUGGAGCAGUGGGCCGCAUGGCUGGACGGGGUCGUGUCGCAGGUCCUGAAGCCGUACACCGGCAGCCCGGCCUUCCCCAAAGCAGCCAAACUCUUCCUGCUCAAAUGGAGCUUCUACAGUUCUGUGGUGAUCAGAGAUCUGACCCUGCGCAGUGCCGCCAGUUUCGGCUCGUUUCAUCUGAUCAGACUGCUGUAUGACGAGUACAUGUAUUACCUGAUCGAGCACAGAGUGGCUCAGGCCAAAGGAGAGACGCCCAUCUCUGUCAUGGGAGAGUUCGCCUGUCUGAACAGAAGUCAAAGGUCAAUGGAUCCUGAUAAAGAUGAGGAGGAUGAGGAGGAGGAUGAUGAGACGGAUGAAGAUCAGGACAUGGCCAUUCCUGUGGUUGUGGGGGAGGAGUCCCUGGAGCCGCCCACCAAACUCGCCCGAACUGAGCUCUUCAACAGCAACAGCAACACACCAAACUAACUGUUGUCUGUGCAAACAUGGACUCUAUAUACUGGGCUCUGUCUCUGGGAGCCAGUUUGGGAUUGAAAUACAAUCUUCAGUUUUGGUAAUUAUUAGAGGAAGUUCAGUUUCGGUUCAUUUCAUGUUUGAGUUUCCUGAGGUGAAUCAGCCCUCACAGCUGCUGUAUGAUCUAAUGAAGCUUUUCUAGAAAACGGUAACAAUCAUAUGCCUUAAUUAAGUGCACACACACACAUUUUCAUUGCCUUCCCUUUGUCAAUCAAAGCUGCCAUGUGUGUCGUGUAUCGACUCUUAAAGUUACAGUUCACCCAAAAUUAAAAGCAUUUGCCAUCAAGUCAUUCCAAAGUCAUCUAUCGGCAAAAAAAAAAAAAAAAAAGAGUAAAAUAGAAUAAAGAAAGAAAGUUAUAUAAUGACGUGAGGGUGAAUAAAUGAAGAUGGACAUUUAAUUUUUUGGGCAGACUGUCGCUUUAAGAUUCCAGUUUUGAUGCAUCUCCAUCUGCUCCAUGCUGCCAUAGAAAUCAUUCUUUGCCAAAGCCAAUCAUGCGUCACCUAGGCCUGUUCCUCAUUAAUAUUCAUGAUGAGUGUGGUCAUUUAAGGUGUAGCUAAAAACUACAGCAGCAGAUUUUGCCUUUUACAGCUGUAUAACACCAUGUCCUUCCAUGCUUUUGACUUUUUCUUUCUUUACCUAAUAAUGCAAAUGUUAUAUUCAAUUAUUGUGCUUUAAUCAGCUGUUUAUUUUUGAUGCUUUUUGAUUUGAGUCUGAUGCUGACAGAUCAAACGUGCCUUCAGAGAGUUAUUCAAUCUAGAGAUCCAUAAAUGCAUAAAUAAAUGUCAAAAACAAUCAUGAGAAUGUUUUUUUUAAAAUUCUGAAAUCUCAUCAGGCCUCAUUUGUGAAACAUAAGCAGAAUCAGUUUAGUGUACAUUAUCAAGUUUGGUUGACAUGAAUGAGAUUCAGUGUUUAAUAUAUAAUGAAAGCAUCUUGUGUUAUAAAGAGAGUCAUCUGUCAUUUUUCCUCAUUUCACACGAUUCAUUCAUUCUGCAUCCACAUUAAUGUAGCCGAGCACAAAUGAUUAUUUUCUAACAAACACUGAACACAUGUAUUAGUGAUGAGUACAGAGAUGUUUUGUGAUUGGACGCUUUGGUGCGGUUCAUUAAUAUUCUGUGUCUAAUUACGGUGGUUUUGACAGCCAAUCAGCAGCUAGUGUGUAACUCUCCAGUGGUUAUAGAGCCAAAUCUAAUGUGUGGAACAAUUCUGCAGCAGUUUUAAUGAAAAAAAAAGAAAGAAGAUAUGCUAGUGAUGAUUAUGAAUAUUAAUGUAACCGUUUAGCACAGGUUUAUAUUGUUUUUGAAUAUAUAUCAAGUGUUUCUUUAAUUGUACUAUAAGAGUUGCUGAAAUUAUUCCCAUGUAUGAUUAUGCUAAUGUAUGAUAUAGUUUUAUUCUCUUGUACUGUUGAAACCAUAAUGGCCUUAUUUGAAGUGUACCUGUAGCUGAGAUCCAUGUGAAAAUCUGUAUCAUUGUGCCUCGAGGUUCAGUGUCCCUUUAAAAGCAUCUUUUAAGAAAAUUA